CUAAAAUGAUUGAUGGAUUUAUUAUCUAAUAAUAAACGUGUAAUAAUGAAGCCUGGCAUGAGAGUUGUUUGUAAACUUACAUUACGUGGCACUGACGUAUUAUGAUGACAGAUGGCUGUGUACAGGUUGUUAAUAUUGUUUGGUUUACAAGGUGGGCGUGUCUCGUGAGAGAAAAGUUCUAACCAGGUCUCUUCGUCUUUCCAAGCUCAUAAGGUGGAUAACGACGGCGCGCUGCCAAAUAUGUCCGAGUCAACUCUCCGGCAUUCUACCCAACUGGCUGUUCAACCAUCAGAGGGGGCCAUGCUGUCAGUGAGCAGCGAAGAACCGGCAGAGAAUGGGGAGGAUUUGAAAGAUUUGUCAGAAACGGAAGCGUGCGAACUUUACGUGAAAGACAGGAGAAGAGCGAAGUCUCUGCCGGCCUAUCCAGACCAAGCCACACUUUUUGAGGAUAUCGCGAAUAACGGUCGAAAACGAGUUAAGUUUGCGGAUUCAAUGGGUCUGGAUCUGGCAAGUGUGAAGCACUUCAGCACAGCAGAAGAUCCAAUGAUCCCCUCCAAAGUUCUCUCGAGGCUGCAGAGUUUUCCCCCGCAGCAGGAGCGCGAGUUGCUUGGGGACCUGUGCUCAAACUUUAAAUCCGCCCUGACCAUGGACCGUUUCGUACCUACGUUCAAGAUGCCAGCGGAGGCGGUGGAUUUCGAGGCGAGGGUACUGCAGCGUCACGUCACAUUGGAGAAAAUUACCAUCACCCAGUUUGAUGUCCGUGGACACAUUCGGACCGAUACUCACAGUUCCUCAAAGAGGGACGUUGGGGUGAGAUACACUUUCAACAACUGGCUCUCCCUUGUGGAUGCACAGGCGAUGGUAGUAACCGGGGAGGAAACAGGGAUGGUCGGUGAGCGUUUUACCUUCAUGAUGUACACACCCCCGUUCCUCGACCCAAGUUCCUCGGUUCACUUUGCAGUCUACUUGAGGAACGACCAGGGCGAGUUUUGGGACAACAACGACGGUCAGAACUACACCUUAAAGUACAACUGCGUGCCAACGUGUGACAGCGCGGUCUUCCAUGCCACCUGAGGCCCGUGCGUAAAGUCCUACACAAAACGCGAAAUUCAUGCGUAAAAGUCAUCUUUCUCGACCCAGCUCACGGAUGGAUCGAUCUUUUUAUCCCUUUACUAUUAAAGUCAUCUGUUGAUUUUUGAUUGACAUGUACCCUCAUCGUAUUCUUAUCAAAGUGGUAUUGUGUCCGAAGGCCUAUCAGACUGAGGCUAAAUCGGAGUAAUUCAUAAUGAUAAACAAGGGCAGUCACUGCUGUCCAAUUUGACUCAAACCUCUACCUUCAGGACUGUGAUGGGAUGGAAUUGAAGUGUAACUAUUGUACAUAGUGUUUUUGGCUUCACUGGCCUCAGAGGAAAAUGAAACAGAACAACAUGCCUCUGUGUAUGUGUGCCUUUCCCUGUAUUUGUGUUAUUGUGUGUGUGUGUGUGUGUGCAGCCCUGUGUUUAUGCUAGCAUUAUAAAUUGCCUACUGGCAGCCUGAUUGGUAGGAAGUAGGCCAAGAGGUAUAAUAGAUAUUUCUGUGUUUGUAUUAUAGUACCAGUAGCAGUAUGACACCCACAAUAUGUAUACAUGGUGAACAUGAAACACAGGAAGAAUGAUCUCGCUAUUGUGUCCUUUUCAUGACAAACCACGUGUUUGUUAUGUCAUGAAGUGUGUAAUGUAUGUGAUGAGCUCAGCCUGUCCCUGUCCCUGUCCCUGUCCCUGUCCCUGUCCCUGUCCCUGUCCCUGUCCCUGUCCCUGUCCCUGUCCC